AAGUUAACGUCUACAAAUCAUAGUGCCAGUGACUCUAAUUGUCCUGUUUUUAUAGAAUGUCGUCAUCUGAAAGUGAUUAUGGCUAAGAUGGGACUAGGACCCAGCGAUGCACUCAACUUUCAUAAGCAAGUUGGUUCACGUCUACCUGAUGACUGGUAUAAGAUUGAUGCUGACAGAAGAAAUGAUCUACCUACUUUUGGGAACUUCAUACUCUGGUUUACAGAGCAGACUUUGGGUAGGACUCUUGAGAAUGAAGGUAACGCUAUGCCUCAGAUCGCUGUGAAUGCCCCUGACAGAGAUAAGAGCCAUAUAAGCUCAGAACCUAGUCGCUCAAAACAGCCUACAGGCCGAAAACGUAAAAGAUCACACUUCUCCAUUGCCAAAGUUGACUGGAAAGCGUUUGAUGCACAUAUAAACAACUCUUCUCUUUAUGAAGAUUUCAUGCAAGAAGGAGGAAACAUAAGCCCAGUCUCUGCAUAUGAAGAUCUUGUUAAGCUUACGAAAGAUUCUUUUUGUGCUUCUGGAGCACGUGUUAAGAGGGAAUCGGGAUACUUGCGUAGGCCUUCUUCCCCGUGGUAGGAUGAGAACUGUGCCAAAAUUACCAAACCAAAGAUUGAUGCGUUUCAUGAAUAUAAAGAACAUCUUACUGGAGAAAACUUGGCUAAAUAUAACGCUAUAUGUAAGUCUGUUAAAAAACAGCUUAGACUAAUUCGUGAUCAAAAGUAUAAAGAAUUCUGCUCCUCUCUGAACAAAGAUAUGGAUAUUAAAAUAGUUUGGAACCUGGUCUCGGCGUUUAAAAGAAAAAAUCAAUUUCUAAUAAUAACUUCGAACAAUCUGAUAAAUGCUUGGAAAUAGCUAAUAAAACUUCUCAAGAUACUGUGACUAGACAACAUCCUAGUAUUGUAACGUCAUCUUUUACUAGAGAUAACAUUAAAAAUGAAGACUUGAAUUGCUCAUCGCCGCACAUCAAUCAUCAUCAUGACUGUCAAGUCCUUCAGGAGAAUUUUGGUGAGGAUGAAUUUAGCUUAGCAGUACAACAUAAUCUUAAAAAGAAAAAGAAUAAAGCUCCGGGACCCGAUUUUCUUUCUUUUCGAAUAUUAUCGCACCUUCCGCAAUGGUGUUUUGAUGCCAUUUUUAGAAUAUUUAAUGAAUUCUUUAUUAAAUUCUU